AUGGAACGGAGGAGGAGCGAAACUUGUGAUACAGAAAACUGCAUGUAUGUUAGAAGUAGAUGCAGUGACUGCCUUAACUACACAGAUUGCUACGAUGUAGAACAUGAUGAACACUCACUUCAUCAAUCUAUCAUUGGGACAACAGAGCGCUCAGGUUUGCCGGGAGACACUGAUCCAAAUCCCAAGCAGGUAAAUGCGGUAGGUACACACAGUGGGUUGCAGUUGGAGGAGUUAGUUCCAAAGAAAAGAAACACUGAAUCUGUGAGUAAAGAGAGUGCACCCAAGGAGAGUGAGCUUGUUGCACAAGAAGAAAGAGGUAUAUCCAGGUAUGCUAAAUAUGUGAAGGAGAUUGUGGCAAACAAAAUGAGGCUCACUGAAUAUGAGACUGUAGCACUUACUGAAGAGUGCAGCUCCCGAAUCCAAAAUAAGUUGCCCACCAAACUGAAAGAUUUGGGUAGUUUUAUGCUUCAGAACACUAUAGGGCAGAACAUUCAUGCCUUAGGGUGUUGUAGAGGAUGUCUUAGUGCAAGUGGGAUCGCUGAUAUUCCAGUAGACUUUGUAAUGCUGAAUUUUGAGCCAGAUCCUGAGGUCCCAUUCAUCUUGGGAAGACCUUUCUUGGCUACAUGA